CCUACUAUUAAUUACUACACACAUUACCACUAAGAGAGAAAGCUAGCUAGAGAGAAACCAUGAAUCUACAAAUUCUCUUAUUGUUGCUCCUCAUCUUUUUCUCUCUAGUUGAGUUGAAUUCAUCUGCCACAAAAUCCAAUAAUCCUCCUAAUGUGAAAGACUUCCUACAACAUAAAGGUGAACAUAACAGCUUACAAAAUGAAGAGAAAGUAAAUAACAAGGUUAGUAAUGAUAAAAAUGAAGCAUAUAAGUAUCAUUACUAUAUGAAGAAAGGCGCGGUAGGAGGACAUGGUGGUGGUGGUGGUUCGGGUGUUGGGAGGGGUGUUGGUGGUGGCGGUUCAAAUGCAAUUCAUCAUCCCCCAGGUUCUAAGAAAUCGAAUGGCGCUUCCUUAGAAGUCCAUCUUCUCACUUCCAUCAUUCUUACCAUUUCUUCUAUGUUGUACAUUGCUUGUGGUCUACUCCUUUCUUAAUUUAGUUGGUUAUACAUGUCUUAAGGGAUAUGAAUUAGGCCACGAUAUCAUAUAGGAUAAUAUAAUUGGUUUAAUAUUUUUUUAUUUUUUUUUUGACGCAAAAUUGGUUUAAUAUUUUUAUUAAACAAACAAAAAAAAGAGGGAUUGUUUUAAGAAUUGGUGAUUGGUCAUUAACUAGGCCAAUUGCAUAGCAUUUGAGGGUUUUUUUUUUUUUUUUCCCCCUUUGGUUAAUUACCAAUGAUGUGUGAAGGUUGUGGGAUUAAUUCUUUAAUUUGCAAGUUUUUGAUUAAUGCUUACAAUUGUUUUUUGUGUGAGAAAUCCAAUGCUUAGUUGUACGAAUGCAAAGGUAGUUAAGGGUGUAUAUCUCUACUGACUUGUCUUGAGCGAGAUCAAUCUUAUACAAUUUAUGGGUUGAGUCGCGCAGUAAGGAAAAUACUUUAACAAUAUAACAUAUAAUUACCCUUAAACAACAUACAUAAAAUAAGCCGGCUUAGCUUC